UCUUGACAAACCGCCUUGGAGACACUUGCCCGAGCGCAGCGACGCUCUUUACGCGCGUCUGGCUCUGACAUCAUCAGCGCUGAGGUUACAGAUAUGGCAAUGCCGCUCUUGCGGUGCAGUCUAGUCGUCUUGAGACUGGCGGAGUAAAGCCAGCGCCAUCAUGUCGCUCACCUGGUCGGCAAAAGAUCACAAGAACCUGAGUCAAACCGCCGCGACAGGACAGAAACGAUCGCGUAACGACGCGGGGAACAAAGUGACCGUGGUCCUCGGUGCGCAAUGGGGAGACGAAGGUAAAGGGAAAGUCGUUGACUUAUUGGCGACUGAAGCGGACUACGUGUGCAGAUGUCAGGGAGGCAACAAUGCAGGUCACACUGUGGUAGUGGAUGGAAAGGAAUACGACUUCCACCUUCUGCCCAGCGGGAUCAUCAACACUAAAAGCACAUCACUCAUUGGGAAUGGAGUGGUGAUACAUCUACCUGGUUUGUUUGAGGAGGGUGACAAAAAUGAGAAAAAAGGUCUGAGAGGUUGGGAGAAGAGACUUAUUGUCUCAGACAGAGCUCACCUUGUGUUUGAUUUCCACCAGGUCGUCGAUGGCUUGCAAGAAACUGAGAGACAAGCACAAGAAGGAAAGAAUAUCGGAACAACCAAAAAGGGCAUCGGACCGGCAUACUCCAGCAAAGCGUCACGCACUGGCCUACGUGUAUGUGACCUGCUGGGUGACUUCAAGGACUUUUCUAUGAGAUUCAAGAACCUUGUCCACCAGUAUCAAUCCAUGUAUCCAGCCUUGACAGUUGAUGUUGAGGACCAACUGAAAAAACUCAAGGACUACGCUGAGAGAUUGCGGCCGAUGGUGAGAGACGGUGUCUAUUACAUGUACGAAGCUCUUCAUGGUCCUCCAAAGAAAAUUCUGGUAGAAGGGGCCAAUGCAGCUCUCCUUGAUAUUGACUUUGGCACAUAUCCUUUUGUGACAUCAUCCAACUGCACUGUGGGCGGGGCAUGCACCGGCCUUGGCAUCCCUCCUCUGAAUAUCGGCGAUGUAUUUGGUGUAUCAAAGGCCUACACCACCAGAGUGGGCAUUGGAGCUUUCCCUACAGAACAACUAAAUGCAGUAGGAGAGCUGCUGCAGACAAGGGGUCAUGAGGUGGGUGUGACCACAGGAAGGAAGAGACGCUGCGGUUGGUUGGAUCUGGUUAUCGUCAGAUACGCUCAUAUGAUUAACGGCUUCACCGCCAUUGCUUUGACAAAACUGGACAUUCUGGAUGUGCUUGAUGAAAUAAAAGUUGGAGUUGCUUACAAACUCAAUGGAAAAAGGAUCCCCCACUUCCCAGCCAACAUGGACGUUUUGCAAAAAGUAGAGGUCGAGUAUGAGACCUUCCCUGGUUGGAAGACUGACACGUCUGCUGCUAGGAAGUGGAAUGACCUCCCAGCCAAGGCCCAGAACUACAUCCGCUUCAUUGAGAACCACAUUGGAGUUCCCAUCAAGUGGGUUGGUGUUGGAAAGUCCAGAGAGUGCAUGAUCCAGAUGUUCUAGAAGAAUACCUUUCUCCCCUCCUCUCGAUGGAAGCGCAGACUCUGUGGCAAUUUUUCAUCACCUAAAUGAUCCUCUCCUCAGUAGCUAAUAAACAAGACAUGUAUGUGACCGUGUGCAGUGUUUACUUAGUUUGUUUUGUUGCAAUAAAAAAAUCAUUGUUCUUCUAUUGAUACAGUUACAUAA